AUGAGGCCCUCCACCAGCGCUGCCAAGCGGCAGCGGAAGGCAGUGCCGCUCGGCGACGUCACCAACCUCCUCCGCCCCGAGACCCCUACCCCGAUCAAGCCCAGAAGGACUGCACGCCGGCCCCUCCCCGCGCCCUCCGACGCCUCCGCUGUCUCCUCCACCUGCUCCUCCUCCGCCUCGGUCACGCCGGCGCUCAAGCCAUCUUCCUCCUCGUCGGCCACGCCCGCGCCCGAGCCUUCCUCCUCCGCCCCGGUCACGCCCGCGCCCCAACCGUCGUCCUCCACCACGGUCACGCCCGCGCCCAAGCCGUCCUUCGCCGCCGUCCUCGACGAGGUGGGGAGCGUUUUUGAAUCGCCGACCAUCUGCACGGUUUACGUGAGGCACAGGACUACCGAGGCUGAGGCUGAGGCCGAGGGAAGGAUCAACCCCACCAUCACCAACAAGGGCAAGGAACCUGUCGGUGCUGCGGCAAGUUGCCCGCCUCUUGGAAAAUCCACGAAGAAUAUCGGAUUUUCUGCGUCAAGCACCUUCAAUAAUUUGAAGACCAAGCAUACAGAACCAGCUGUACUCGAAAAGAACAGGUGUGGCAUGGUAUACAGAAAGGCCAGCACCAAGAACAAGCAACCAGCUGCACCCUACCAAGCAGCUUCAGGUGCUCACACCAUUGGGCUAGCACGUUGCACCAACUUCAGAGCCCACAUAUAUAAUGACACCGACAUUGACGCUGCCUUUGCAAAAACAAGGCAAUCAGCCUGCCCAAGCACCUCAGGUGCAGGUGACAACAACCUGGCACCAUUGGACCUUCCAACCCCUACCGUCUUCGAGAACAACUACUACAAGAACCUUCUUAGCAAGAAGGGCCUUCUACACUCUGACCAAGAGCUUUUCAAUGGCGGAGCCACCGACGCGCUGGCCCAAUCUUAUGUUGGUAGCCAGAGCACGUUUUUUGCAGAUUUUGUGACGGGUAUGAUCAAGAUGGGUGACAUUACACCAAUUGACGGGCUCCAACGGCCAGAUAAGGAAGAACUGCAGAAGAGUUAA